ACGGUCGACGUCACAGCCACAGGCAUCAGACGGAUARGCGAGAGUUGUGUGUACCUUGCCGCUGCUUCAUGGCAAUAGAGAGAGAUGGCGUCCGCAUCCCGAUGAAUAAGCAAAAAAAGAAGAGGAAAGGGGAUGAUGCUGGACCCUACGCCUAGAGGGGAAACCGUUCAAUUCAACAUAUCAGCGAUGGAGGGAUUCAUCUCUCGUUCACAAUCAUUUCGCUCCGGGGAUGUUAACGCCCUUUUCAUGCGUUUUUAAACUCCUCGGUUGAUUCCUUCCAACGGAGGAGGUGAGGAGAUUGUUGUCSGGUASGCUACAUCUGUUUUCUUCCUCCGCUUCUCUGCCCAUCUGACGCAGGGGYGAGGAGGAGAGGARAGAAGGGGAAGAGAGGGAGGGCGAUGGCUGCUGGAGGAGGAUGCGGGGAGACGGUGGAGCAGUGCCGGGCAGAGGUGGAGCGUUUGACCCGUGAGCUAGCGGAGGCGAACCGGGAGAAGAUCCGGGCUGCGGAGUGCGGUCUGGUGGUUCUGGAGGAGAACCAGACCCUGAAGCAGCAAUAUUCGGAUCUAGAGGCCGAGCAAGAGGSGCUCCGACAGGAGCUGGAGCAGCUACAAGAGGCAUUUGGCCAGACCUUCUCCACCCAGCGUAAGGUGGCUGCGGACGGGGAGACCAACGAAGAGACCCUCCUGCAGGAGUCAGCCACUAAGGAGGCAUACUACAUGAGUCGCCUUCUGGGGAUCCAGUCAGAGCUCAAACAGAGCCGGGCCGUCACAGUCAACACACAGGCCGACAACGAACACCUCAGUACCCUGCUGCAGGAGCUCAGAGAGAGUAAUGAGAUGUUGGAGCUGCAGCGGAGCCGGAUGAGAGAGGAGAUCAGGGAGUAUAAGUUCAGAGAGGCUCGACUCCUACAGGACUACACUGAGCUGGAGGAGGAGAACAUCACCCUGCAGAAACUAGUGUCCACUCUCAAACAGAACCAGGUGGAGCGAGAGAAAACAGCACUGUUGAUCAGCCUGCAAGAGUGUCAGACGCAGCUGCAGCAUACACAGGGUGCCCUGAACGAGCAGCACGAGAGGGCCCAACGCCUCAGCGAGAGAGUCACCGCCCUMAGGCGCCUGCACCGGGASGCCCAGCUCGCCCAGGAGGCCCAGCACGACCAGGARGCACACCUCAACCGAGAGGCCCUGAUGGAGCAGGGAGAWGAGGAAGAGGAGGAGAAAGAGAAGGGAUUAAUACACAGCAGGGGCCAGGCAUUCUGCCACCAGACCCCGGGUCUGGAGAUCCUCCAGUGUAAAUACAGGGUGGCUGUAACCGAGGUGGUCGAGCUAAAGGCUGAGCUGAAGUCGCUGAGAGAGAGGUACAACCAGUGUGUGGAGGGCGGGGUGGAGGAGAGGACGCGCGGAGAGGCCCAGCACAGAUCUCUGGAGCAGCAGGUGGGGAGGCUGGAGAGGAGCUGCCGGGAAGGYAGGGARAAGGUGGGGGGCCUGGAGACGGAGCUGAGAACAGCCAAGAACAUGGCCAGCGAGAGCCAGGGGGCGCUCAAYGCAGCACAGGAYGAACUGGUCACCUUCAGCGAGGAGCUGGCUCAACUUUACCACCACGUCUGCCUCUGUAACAACGAGACGCCCAACCGGGUGAUGCUAGACUACUACAGACACGGCAGAGGACUAAGGGGUAUCAGUGCCUCGCUCAAGGGUGACGACACCCGCGUUCUACUCACGCCCCGCCUUGCCCGGCGGCUCGCAGCCGUUGCCGCUGCAACCUCGUCGUCCACGGCGGAGUCUCGCAGCCCCUCGGAAUCCCCAUCCAAAGAGCGGUUGUCAGGAGAGGGAGGCCGGGACGGGGGGAGGGACAGRGACAGUCCUGUACCCCGCACCCCUCCUACGGGCUCCCCCAGCAUCAGUGCCUCUUCCUCAUCUUCCUCAUCAUCAUCGUCGCCUGCGGUAGAGCCAGCUGGAGACCUGCGUAGGGAACCCAUGAACAUCUAUAACCUCAACGCCAUCAUCAGAGAGCAGAUGAUGAAGCUGAGGAACGAACUGAAGGCCCUGAAGGAGGACGCUGCCACCUUCUCCUCGCUCAGAGCCAUGUUCGCCACCAGGUGUGACGAGUAUGUGACUCAGCUGGACGAGAUGCAGAGGCAGCUGGCUGCGGCGGAGGACGAGAAGAAGACCCUGAACUCCCUCCUGCGGAUGGCCAUCCAGCAGAAACUAGCCCUGACCCAGCGUCUGGAGGACCUAGCCUUCGACCAGGARCAGUCGCACUGCACCCGCGGCGGCAAGGUGGCCCGCAUGAAGAGAAGCACCCCCAAAGUAAGUCYUGGUCCUCCCUCCAGCCCCACCACCGGCGCUGGCGCACCCUUAAGCCUGACCUCUGCUACUACAGACGCCACAGCCCUAGCUCUGAGCUCCCCUACGWCACAUCAUAGACACCCUCUCAGCYCCUUCUCCACGGCCCCCUCAGGCCCCACAAUACCAGGCAGUCCCCCCUCCCUGGAGGCGCCCUCCUCCUCCUGGACCCCUCCAUCCACCCCCCACAGGCUGGCUCACACCCAGUGGGCACUGGGUGUCCGGACGUUAGAGGUCGACUCCCACAGUUUCAGUCUCGACUCCCAUAGUUUUAGUUUAGAACGUAGCAGUACUGGGCUCUCCAGGCAUUACUCCUCAGACACACGGCCGUCUCCUAGCAGGGGUGCUCAGCCUGGCUCGGCCCCCUCCUCCCCCUACCGUUCUCCCAUACUGGGGUCUCGCCGGUUGACAUGGAGCUCCCCUCGAACUCACCCCCUUACCAACCUGACGCGUACCUCAGCCCUUUAUACCCCCUCUUCUUACACCCCUCCUAGUUCCUAUACCCCUUCUAGUUCCUACACCCCUUCCUCCCCUUAUACCCCCUCCAGUUCCUAUACCCCUUCAUCUGCUCAUUACUCUCCUUCAUCAUAUAUCCCAUCCUCUUCAUACACCCCCCACACUUCAUAUAGCCACACCAGCAGCUACAGUCCACUCUACCCUAGGUACUACGGUUCCCAUCGGCCCCCUCACUGACACUAAACCACAGUUCCCAUUAACCUCCUCACUGACAACACUACAAAUCCAAUGCGUCUCCUCUCUUACCAGAACUACAGAUUCCAUUGGCCCCUUCCCAGACACUAAACAACAAUUCCCAUCAACCUCCUCACUGACACUACUACAAAUCCCAUCAGCCUCUUUAAUGAUGCAAAACUACAUUUCCCAUCAGCCCCUAAGAGAGUGGGUGGGGCUCACAGAGAGGAGGACAGACUGGUUUCCUGUUUCUUGUGCCUAAGCCUCUGGUGUUCGAUGCAGCGUGUGGAUGAGGCUCUGUAUCGGCGUGAAUGUUCAGACUGACUCUGCUCAGGGAUUUAACACAACAUGGAGCACAAGUGGCCCUGCCUUCCUCUUAUUCACAGACUGUUGAUCGGUCUAAACUACAGGAGAGACAGAACACUUUUCAGACUAUACAUACACAGUAGUUUUGGUCUUGCCCUUUAAAUCAAAUCACCAUCCACACAAGCAAGUGAAUAUGUGUGCAGGACCUUACCGCUGUUUGGAAAGACAGAUGAGAAGGACGUUUAGGUUAACUGGACAUUUGAAGGAAUUUGUUCAAAUGUUGGACUGAGGUCUCCACAGAUCAACCACUUGACAGUGUUAUUCUCUCUCUGUUUUUAAUGAAAAUCACACAGAUACUGUAACCAAAUGUCAUUCAAAGCAAGUACUGGAUAAGACAGGUCAAUGAUUGUGGAUUGUUUGCUAUUUGUAAUUGUUCAGUUAUUACUCACAGCUCUGUAACACUGUCCUCACAAUGUUAUUGCAAUCAUCCUCACAUCUGCUGUGUAAACCUGGCACAUAUUUAGAGUCUAGCACCACCCAAUGGCAGUUUGUAAUAUCACUGUAUAUUCAGAACUUAGACUGAAGACUUCCGUCGAGGUUGAAUAUCAUAUUAAACCUGUAACAUAAAUGACCUGGAAUCAGCACACCAUGAUGGUUUUAAUGAUAGCAUUAUGAGACAGAGCGAGAUGGGUSAUUCUGGGUUUCAUAUCAGUAGGCGAGACAGACAGUGAGCUGUGUCUACGUAGCACCCCUAGUGCCUCGGAGGGUWACUCCAGAGGAACACAGCAGCAUAGAUGGAUGAAUGUAAUUAAUASAUAGAAAACUCAGGAAGCUGACACACACACUUUUCAACUGGGGUUCAACAAGGAUGUAUUGUUAACCAGAAUUAUCAUUACACUGUUAUAGAAAUAUAGACAAAMAUUUGAAUGACAUUUAGGCUAUGGGUUAGUUAGUGUGGAGCUACUGUAUGAUGCAUAGAUGGGAUUCCACAGUUUCUGCACACGUGAUAGUGUGUCACCUGUGUAUGUGUGUGCCUUAACAACUAUAGCACCUGAUCAGUGCAACGACAAUGACUGAUCAGACAUCAUUUCUAUCAGCUCACUGCUUUUCUUUUCACAACUCUUUUUUUCAUGCCAACAACAACAGUUUUCACAUUGUUUUUUUGGCCCUAUCCAAUAGGUUAGAAUGGACAAUAACAAAGCUUUGCCAGAUGAUCAGCGUAAGUGUCUGUAAACAGUGCUCUUGAUGAGGGAUACACUGCUACUGGGUGUUGGCCAGUGAGUAGGCUUUGCYAACUUUGGCCCAAUCCAUGCACAGUUUGGUUUUGACGGGAAGAACUAAGGGGACGUGGCUGACGCGCAAACCGAUAUUUCAUUUUUGAAUWGGUUAAAAUUAGGUUAUGAGUUUGGUUAAGGUUAAGGUAAGGGUCAGUUAUAGAUUUUGGCUAGUUGGGCUGUCAAUGGAAUGCUGGUCAGAAAAGUCUCCUUAGUCUCUCCCUGUUUUGACUCCCCUCUCUAGUAUUGGCCCAGUCCAGUCUCCCCCUCCCCCUCCCCCACCAGUCCCAAGUUUGGAGCCCAGAGUACCACAACAACUCUCUGUCUAUACUCUAACAAUCCCAGUCUCCAUUGGUUCAAGUGAUCUACAUAUACCCCAACAUUUUGUUAUAACAUGCAAUAUGGAGCAAAAAAAACGCAUUUGACAGGACUCCUCUUAGCUACUUUGUUGACAACGUUAGGUGAACAUUUAMAUUUUUUCCAUAACAGAAAUACUGACUGUUCUUGCACUCAUUGUUGGGCUGAUUGAGCUGGUUGAAUGGUUUUCUCCAAUAGUCAUCUAAUGGUGACUGUACAGAAACACAAUGAUCACUGUAGAUUUGGYGUGGGAACCACCUCAGUGACCUUCACAUUUUUAUACAUGGAGUUUGUAUUACUCUGCUUAAUUUAUUACGCUACAUCACGUUAGCACCAUCUACCUGCCUUGGCACAACACUGUAUACCUGUUACUUUGAGCAGAACACAUUUGUAGUUGUAGUAUAGUGUAGGUUAUAAUAUGGAACAUUUUCCAUCGUAGGGUAAAUUAGCUGGAUAUAGAUCUUUUCUGCAAUAAGGGAAUGAAAAGUGAAGGAUUGUCAAAUAUCAAAUAGAUGCUAGGGGUCGCUGUCUUAGCUUCUCAAGAAAGGAAACCAGUGUGACCUCCUCUCUGUGAAACCCUCCUCGUUCCGCCCGACUCACACGCUCCAAUACGCACACACACACACCAAACUCAUUCCAGUUUUCGGUCCCGCUACAUCAAAGUUCCAUCCGUACAUGCAAGAGGCUCUUAAUCCUGUCAAAUGCGUUGUUCCUCCUUCUCCUUUCAGAUUGAUUUGUUUCCCACCAGGUCUAUUGGCCUGUGAUUUCUCCCUCUAUGUGAAUACAGUGAAUGCCAUUUUCCUCCUCUGCUCUGUUUCAGGAGUCUUUCAUAAUGUCAAACAUUGCCAAUCCCUGUGCUAACGCCAUAUCCAUUUCCAGGCAGACUGUUAAUAGUUACCACUGAUUGUCAGCCUGUUAGCUUUUGAGCACUUUAUAUGCAUGUGUAUAUAACACAGAGUAUUGGAAAGCUGUAUCCUGUGUACAGUGCUAUGUUCAUACUCUUCGUAUAUACUGUAAAUAUCAUGUAUAAAUGACCUGUAUUUUGCGUGUCGUCGUCUUUUCUGUUUUGAGUGGUCUUGAACAUCUCUCUCAUGUGUUCUCCUCUCAUGGGUUAGGGAGGAAUGCUUUACACAGCCUGCUCAGUUAUUGCACAAGCACACGGGUUCAUCAUAGCAUACCGUAAGCGUACAUUCCGUUGAACAGUACAAUAUAUCAAAUACAUUCGUUUUUAGGCAUUUGAGACUAUUUAAGAAUAGGAACAUUCUGGCAGAAAUGUYGAAUGUGCUUCUUGAAAAUGCUGACACUGGGGUGAUUUUCUUUGGUAAGUAGUCUGUAUUUUUCCCUUCCUGGAUAUGAUCAUCUGUGAUGUCCCCUACUCCCCAUUCCUGUCACCUCUCUACAGUACUGUCUCUCCAUCUAAUCUGUCAGUCUCUCAUAGAUCGUCAGAARUCUGCUGCCACAGUGCCGCCAGUCUCCUCACAGCUAAGGUGGGAGAAGGCCUCCCAAGCCAGCAGAUGUAGCAUUGUGUCAGGUAUCCAGGAGCACCGAGCUCACUGCCCGCUGAGCAGCUACCGCAGCGGCCCCCCACGAGUGCCUCUCCUUUGGCUCGCCCAGCCGCCUUGUCCCCCUGGUCCUCUAUAACCCUGGGACUACUACACCCUGACCUCGAACCCCAUCACAGGACUCUGCAGGGCAGAGCCAGAGCAGUGCCUCUUGCUGUGGAAGAGAAGGACGACACUCACAAAGACUUAUAAGAGACUGUCUGACUGAGGGUUUGUGGGAGAAAAGAGCGACAUGCCGCCAUCUUUGCUACCAAGCUAGCUAUUAGUCMUUGUUCAUCAUGUCUUUAUCUAUGGUGUUUUGGGGGUUGUUGAAACAUUCUUCUAUGUUACGACCAGUGAUGAUUAUUUUGUUGGGGUCAAGAGGUGGACAACUGUUGRGUUUUGCUGAAUGUAUAGCUAGCUAGCUGUACGAUCAUUGACGGUACCAUACAGUAUGUAGAAAACGCCAAGGUGGCAGAGGACAAAGCCAUAACUGUGUAUUUGAAAUGCAUGUAAAAAGUAUUAGCUUUCACGAACACAGAUUGUUUGUCAUUUUCUUCUCUUUUCAUCGCUUGUCCCCACUCCUCACCAAGAUCGUAGCUUGUUUUUUAUACUCUAUGGAAUUGCUUUAAAACGCACUUCGCUACGGUAUAUGAAUAUGUUUCUAUUGCACUUUUAAUGUGUUUUACAGGAUAAGAGAUUUACAAACAUUGUAAAGGCUGACAGUGUUUGUACCAUCAUCGUCCUUCCUUGCUUCUACAGUAUCUAUGUUGAAACAUCAUCUUCGUCCCAAGUGACACCACAUUCCCCAAAGUAGUGCACUACAUAGGGAAUAGGGUGCCAUUCGGGACGUACUUUUCGUCCUUCCUCUUUCUCUGAAGGCCUCAAUCAACCUCCUGAAUAACAAGCACAAACUGACCAAUGCAUUCCAGUACUAGCUGUGAUUGACUGUAAACCCCACUGGGUUAAAUAAUGAUGUUGAAAGUAGAUCUCUAUCCAAGAUUGCCUUUUGUUUUCUACAAMSUGUAUAUGGAAGUAACCAUGCUGGAUCGGAGUGUAGACAGCUUUCACUAUAGAAUAGUAGUACUAGUAGCACUGUAGUGGUAGUAAUAGUAAUAGUAGAGGUAGUUGGCAGUUUAUGCUGUASUGUAUUCAACCAUGAUGCUAUGUAUCCUAACCUAGAAAUACAAAUUUUGAGCUUUUCUCAAACCACCACCCAGCAACUUUUAACCAUCUAUAUAAAACGUCCACUCAGUCACAGCUCAGAGGCGUGGCAAAAUGGGAUGAAUUCACACACCUCAGCCUGGCUUUAGACAGAACAUUCUGUUUCUACAGGAUCUCUGACCAGAACUGUGGUUGCUAACUGCAGCUGGGUUUCAAAAACAUUGGGUUUUGACAUGCUUUUGUGUUAUUCUGGUGAAUGCUGUCUGCUCCAUUCCCACGAGGUUUCUCAGACAUCACAYGAAGCAGAUGAAGGAGAAGGAAGGGGUUUUGUGUAACCAGCCUGAGACUGUAUUAACCCACAGAGCUAAACCCCUACGCAUUAGUUUGGGAGAGCAAACUGGCUUUGGAGUCCAAUGGCGAGAGUAAGGGAAAGGGGAUAUCUAGUCAGUUUCACAAUUGAAUGCGUUCAACCCGAAAUGUGUCUUCCGCAUCUGUUUAGCGGAUGGUACAGUUAACWGUCACAAUGUCUCAAUAAUGAGGAUAUCAGGAGUAUUCUGUAUGUUGUAACGCUGUGGGUCGCUAUGUCUAUUUUCCCCACCAUAUGUAUUUCUCCCUUAUCUGAAGGUUUCUUUAAACGUAUCAGAUGGUUCAAAUACCAUUGAAGGUAUACAUAGGCCAACUGGACAUACAGUAAGCUAUGAAGAAAAUGAUGAUUGUUASAAGCUACUUUUUCUGUACCUGGAGUGUAUAGUACUCAGGGCACAAAGAUGAAGCACUGAAUGUGUGUCCCAUAAUAAAGAUUAACGGACUGGUUUGCACAAUUUCAACACUACUCGACWACUCAAUAAAAACCAUUAGACAUUCUGACAGCAAUAUAUAAAUGUAUGGUAUCUUUCAAAUCAUUUUUAUUGCAUAUUUAACCAUGUAAAGCCUACACUUUAAAGACAAUAAAUUCCCCCUAAUCUUAUAGGGGACUGCUAAACA